UGCGGCGGGACACAGGUAUACUUCUGUAAAGUGUAUGUUAACGCACUCUACCGCAUCUGCUGCUUUGAUCUGUGACAGCUGCAGUUAAGAUGGCGAGCACAGGCAGCUCUGAUGACGAUCUCAGCGAUUGGGAAGGUCCUGUGGACGUUGACUUAGACGAUCCCCCUAGUAAACAGAUGAACCCAUGGAGCGUGGUGACUGGAGUGACAAAAUGGAUUGGGCUCGGUAAAAGCAAGAAGCUGUGGACACAGCUCGCUGGACACCAAGGCAGUUUCCAGGCAGGAGAAUCCCAGACUGUCCUAAAGAAGUUGCUAGACCGGGAGCGACAAGCCUACGUUAAAAUACAGAGUGAUCCCCUUAAAGACUUCACCCCUGGAUAUAGGGGGGAAGUUCAAAAACAAGGGGAAACUUAUAUUCAGCUGCAGGACCUACUGAGUGGGUUCACCUGCCCGUGUGUGAUGGACGUGAAGAUGGGCUGCCGCACCUACCACGAGGUGGAGUUGAAGAAAGCCAGGGAAAACCCGGUUUUAAGAAAGGACAUUUACAAGAAGAUGACUAACAUAGACCCAGAUGCACCAACGCAAGAGGAGAGAGAAAAACAAGGCGUGACCAAGGCCAGGUAUCUGAGAUGGAGGGAUGAGAUGAGUUCCUCGGUCAACCUCUCCUUCCGCAUCGAGGGAAUCCGGAAAGAUGACGGCAGUUCCAGUAAGGGCUUUAAACAAGUGCAUCUGCGGGACGAAGUUCGAGAGAAGUUUAGGUUCUUUCUUGGAGGAAAUAAAAUCGCCUUGGAGACGUACGUUAAGCGGCUGGAGGCCAUCAAAGCUGCUGAAGAAUCGUCGGAGUUUUUCAGUAAACAUGAGUUGGUCGGGAGUUCCCUGCUCUUUGUACACGAUUCUGAGAAAGCCAACAUAUGGGUCAUAGAUUUCGGGAAGACUCAAGCCCUGCCGGAGGGAGUGAAGAUUGACCACCGAUCUCCGUGGGUUGAGGGCAAUCACGAGGACCAAUACCUUCAGGGCCUGGAUAAUCUCAUUGCCAUCUUCACAGAACUGGCCAAUGACACAUAGAGGUCAUGAGAGAGACAUCUCGUUACCCUGUACAAACCGAUAGCCAGCUUAUUUCCCAAUGUAUUUCAGAAUGGGACCGUACCUAAGUAAUCUACACAUCUACAUAUCGCCUUCUCGAAUACCAAUGGCCACCGGAUCUUUUACUUAAUGUACAUUUAUUUUCUAGAAAUACCCUAAUUCUGACUUGGUCUCUUAAUGAAUACGAACAAAUUGUUAGAAGAAGGUAUGGAAAAACGUUAUUAUCAAUAUUUGUAAAAAUACUGUUUGAAGACACAGAUGUACCUAUUAAAUUGAGCUUCUAACAAAAGAGUGAGUGAGUGUGGUUUUACGCCGCUUUUAGCAAUGUUCCAGCAAUGAACACCAAAAAUGGACUUCACACAUUCUAACAAAAUAAGCAUACAUGAAGUUAAACUAGUAAACGAAUAUUGCAUUCGAACAAGUACUUCGUAUUCACGCUAUCAGUAAUAGUUCUCUCAAGUUUCAGGGAAAAUAGGGGUUCACGGGUGAUUGUAUAGGCAUUAUUUGGAUUUCAAAUUUUGUCCACAAUUGUAUUUUCGUUCAUUUCAUCGCUGUAUUUUUUAUGAACAUAUUUUACAAAUUAUAGUUAUUUUGUUAGUUGUCCCGUUUUAUAUUUAAUAAAUCCCCUCAAACCAUAAA